CAGGUCAGCAAUCCCACAAUGUAUUAAAGCAUCUCAGCUGGUCAGGCACUGGAACCACUCCCGAGCUUCUGCCCAAGGAAAUUGACUCUCAACAGGAUGAAGACUACAACUUGUUCUCUUCUCCUCAUCAUCUUCCUUUUUCAACUGAUGGUCCCAGGGAAUACUGGGCAGAACUUAGAAUCUCUCCUGGAGAAAAAGAUCCGGGAAUAUUUUGCCCUGCAAGCUUCCCGUCAUUCCCCUGUGACUAAGAGUUUCUCCUGCACUAGUGUCAAGGCUAUGGGCAGACUAGCCUCCUGUCCUGCUGGGAUGGUUGCUACUGGUUGUUCUUGUGGCUUUGCUUGUGGAUCUUGGAAUGUACAGAACGAAAACAUUUGCCACUGCCUGUGUCCACUCAUAGACUGGACCGUAGCCCGUUGCUGCCAACUGCCCUAAGAGUGAAGAGGCUGAGAAUCCAGUCUUGAAUUGAUGAUCAUAACAAAACUGUGAUCUCACCCAUGAAAUCUAACUCCUUGUCCCUGUGAUGAAUUCAUAUUACACAAUAAUCCUGCUUCUUAAGAAAUAAAAACAGAUUUGCACUCACA